AUGAUAAACUCUACACAGGUUUCAUAUUUCAUACUUGCUGCCUAUUUUGACACCAGGGGUUUUAAAUACUUACUUUUCUUGCUUAUUUUGUCUUUAUAUGUUUUCAUAAUUUGUACCAAUCUGUUGCUGAUUGUGGUUAUCUGUAUGAACAGAAGCUUACAUGAACCUAUGUACCUUUUUCUGUGCAGCCUGUUUGUAAAUGAACUGUAUGGUAGUACAGGGUUGUUUCCAUUCCUUCUGGUUCAGAUCCUCUCUGACAUUCACACUGUUUCUGCUUCCUUUUGUUUCCUGCAGAUUUUCUGUUUGUACUCUUAUGGAGGUGUAGAAUUUUGGACCUUAGCCAUCAUGUCUUAUGACAGAUAUCUUGCUAUCUGUUAUCCUCUACAAUAUCACACUCGUAUGACAUCUAAAAAGAUUGCCGUGCUUAUUGCUCUAACAUGGUUGUACUCUUUUCUUAGAUAUGUUUUGAUAGUGUCUGGUCUGACUGCUCCUCUACAGCUGUGUGGAAACAUUAUUAACAAAGUUUACUGUGACAACUAUUCUGUUGUCAACCUGGCCUGCUCUGACACCAGAGUCAAUAACAUUUUUGGACUUGUUCACAUAUUUACAGUAAUCUUUGGUCUUAAAAUCUUAAUUCUUUUCUCUUACAUGAGGAUUCUUAAAGUGUGUUUAUCUGGUUCCAAACAGACCAGACAGAAAGCUCUCAGUACCUGCACACCUCAACUUUUUUCCCUGCUGAAUUUUUCUUGUGGGGGUUUCUUUGAAUUAGUACAGAGCAGGUUUAAUAUGAACUAUUUACCCAAUAUGUUGCGCAUUUUUCUGUCAUUGUACUGGCUAACAUUCCAACCACUCAUCAACCCUUUACUGUAUGGACUGAAAAUGUCCAAAAUACGCAUUAUAUGUAGACUUCUGCUCUUUGGGGGGAAAAGGGCGGAAUCUGCAUUGUUCCUCUUCAACCCGAGGUUCAGCUAUUGGCCAAACCCUCCUUUCCAGCACCUUGGAGUAGAUUUUACCAAGAAGGCUGAGAAGUGUGAUACCCCUGGCUUUGCCACUGUGGAGUUUUUUGACUACCUCAGCGACUUCCACCAGGGAAAUCAAUGGCAAUCCCCCAUCAUCCUCCAGCUCUGCCUCUAA